CUUUAUCACAUUUUCUAGUAUUAUAAAAUGACGAAAUAAUUAAAAAAGAAUAAGGCAAAAACUCAAUACUCCUACCACCAUCUUCCACCAAUAAACCACCCACCCUGUGUCUCUUUCUUACUUAGCCUUUUUGCUCCCUCUCUCACUCUCUCUCUCCCAUUUUUCUCCAACAUUCUCUCUCUUUUGCUCAGGAACUGCCUGCUUGCGCUUGAGGUUUAUCACCAAAAAAGAAAAAUAAAAAAAUAUAAUUUUAGCCCAUAUAAAAAGAAAAGUUUUGCACACAAAAUAAUUCUAAUACAUUGAAGAAAAGAAAACCCAUAAAUCAAACAAAAAAUGGAGUUUUUUAGAAAUAGUUUUAUUGUAACAUUGUUGCUAUUUUUCUGUAAUUAUAAAGAGAUUAUUGCUCAUUCUGGGAGUAUUAAUAAGCUACCCAUAAUAUCAUUUGAUGAAGGAUAUUCUCAUCUUUUUGGAGAUGAGAAUGUUAUGGUUCUUAAAGAUGGAAAAUCUGUUCUUCUUUCUCUUGAUGAAAGAACUGGUUCUGGGUUCAUGUCACAAGACCUUUAUCUACAUGGGUUUUUCAGUGCUUCAAUUAAAUUGCCUGCUGAUUAUACUGCUGGGGUUGUGGUUGCCUUCUAUAUGUCUAAUGGUGAUAUGUAUGAGAAAAAUCACGAUGAACUCGAUUUCGAGUUCUUAGGUAACAUCCGAGGCAAAGAAUGGAGGGUUCAGACCAAUGUGUAUGGGAAUGGAAGCACGGAUAUAGGAAGAGAAGAAAGAUACACCUUGUGGUUCGACCCUGCGGAGGAAUUUCAUCGCUAUAGCGUUCUGUGGACUGAGGAACACAUCAUAUUUUAUGUGGAUGGUGUUCCCAUUAGGGAGAUAAGGAGAACCGCAGCAAUGAAGCGCGAUUUUCCUUCCAAACCGAUGUCAUUGUAUUCUACAAUAUGGGAUGCCUCGACCUGGGCCACUAACGGAGGCAAGUACAAAGUAGAUUAUAGGUAUGCUCCAUAUGUUGCCCAAUUCUCCGACCUCGUUCUUCAUGGUUGUGCUGUCGAUCCCAUCGAACGUUCUCAGAAGUGUGAUGAUGCAUCGACUGUUGGGUCGAUCCCUAGUAGCAUUACGCCAACACAAAGGGUCAAGAUGGCGCAUUUCAGGAAGAAAUACUUGACAUACUCGUAUUGUUAUGAUCAAUCUCGAUACAAAACUCCCCCUAGUGAGUGCGUUCUUGAUCAUCAGGAGGCUGACCGCCUUAAAAGGUUUGACCCGGUCACAUUUGGAGGUAGCCGUCGCCGCCAUGGUAGGCGUCACCACCGAGACGCGAAGGCUUCAAUUUAAGUGCAUUUUUCACUUGGGUCUAAAUAUUAAUUUUUGGGUCUCAUUAUGUUUAAGUUUGGGUACUAAAAAAAAUGUCCUUUGGAUUAGGGUCUUCUCAUUUGGUUCACAUGAAUAUAAGGAAAGGGACAAAAAAAAAGGAAAAGAAAUAAAGGUAAGGCAUAAAUAUGUUGAUGGGUUAGGUAUCUAGUGUUACAUGGGUAUGUAAAUAAUUGUUACAUUGUUGGAUUUUUGUUUGACCAUAUGUUCAUUUGAUGGUUUUUGUUCCUUUUUUAUUUUUUUAAAUAAAAUAUUGUGAGGUCGGUUCAUGUUUGUGUUUAAUGUUUUGUGAUAUCAAUAAAUUUUUAGCUCCUUUUGUGGAUUCCUUUGUUCAAAUAAAUACGACAAUAAUUUUAUAGUAGAUAGUAUUAGAGUA